GGAGCUGCCGGGCGAUCAAGGGAGUGGAGGAGAGAAAGAUAUGGUCCCACAAGAGAGUCCAAGCCACAUACACACAAUUUACACACACAUUCGUUCUCUCCCUCUCUCGGUUUUGUGGAAUAGUGGAUUAAUUUUUCAAAUCAAGCAGAUGCAUGAUCAGGUGUCCCAGCUGCCUUAAGGUGUGACAUGAACCAUGGAAGGGUGCAGAGGUCCGCUUACUAGCUCACCUCGCAGCCGCCUGACUAGCCGGAGCCCAGGGGGAUCCAGCAGAAUGCAGCUGGGCUCUCACUAGCACCGAGUGGACCCUGUCCUUUCGCACGUGGGGCCAGGGCUGCAGAAUGCUCAGUCCUGUCACCCCUUACACAGGUCUGUUGAAGAUGCACUGGUCUCCGGAGCACACCGCCCCUCUGUCUCAGUGGCCUGAGCAGCACCUCGACGUCACCUCCACCACGUCGCCCCCAACUGUCCAUAAGCCUGAGUCCUAUGCCGCUGCUACUCGCCGUGCUUACCCCUAUGCUGGUUACCCUUGGGCCAGUGACGACAUAUCAGCCCUGACCGCUUCUUCACUUCUCAAACGCUAUGCUGAGAAGUACUCAGGCCUGGAGCUGCCCUAUGAGCGUCCUGUCGCAGGGCCCUACUCAGAGCCUGGCGCUUUCCUUAAAACAGAAUCUGAGCCCUGGGCGAUCAGCCAGGGCAUCGAGUGCUACCCCGGACUUGAAGCGCUAACUGGUGCCAAGGUGGGUUCUGGCAUCCCGGCCACAGGAAGCGUGACUGUUGUGAGCAGUAACUUAGCCUCAGAGCCAGGCUACAGUAGUGUCGGCUCCUGCAGUGUACCGUCACCACAGGACUAUCCUCCUGCCUACAACAGCACCUACCUGUCUUCAGGGUACUGCCCUCAGCCUGGCACAGCACUUCCCCCAGCCCCUCUUCACACUUUGCAGGCCACACCCACUUUAGUGCCCAGCUAUAGUGCAAGCACUCCAGUCUACAACUACCCGCCAGGCUGUUAUCCCCAAAACAGCCUCUCUUCUGGAUAUAGCCACACCAGUGCCUCCUAUCUACCCUCCGUGAUAAGUACCCCUACCCCAUUACCCCCUAGGCCCACUAUGGUGGGGGGAAGUUACAGCUACCCCUCCCACAGCCUAGGAGGGGCCACUGAGGCAGGAGCACCGCUGAAACGCAAGGCUUUUGAGAUGGGAGAAGACGGGCAAGAGGGAGCCGAGGUAGAGGGAUCGCGCUAUCGAAAGUACAGCAAUGGCGUCAGCAAAGGCAACGGCUAUAACACAAGUGGCUCAGGUUCUGAUCCACAGGCCUACAAACCUGGGAAGCCCCUAAUGUCACCCUCUUAUCGCGGCACAGGAGCAUACAGCCCCCCGUCCGGCCUGCCAGUGGAAAGCGUGUCAGGGGAUCACAGCUUUCCUCAGCAGAGAAUGUCUAUGAAGAUACCGACAUCGCACACACGAGCUGAGGACCCCGCUGGGGGUCACUGAUGAUCCCCGGUUUACACAAUUCCCUCACGCUUGGAACCCCAAAGACACUUGCUUUGAAUAUCACUUACAACCACAAGAGGGCACAAGAGUGAAGUUUAUCAUUAUGUUUGUUUCCUUCUUAUUAACCAUGUGUUCCCAAAGAUACACAGGGGCAUUUGAUCCUGUAAGACAUAAAGCAUUCUCUGCAUAGUCAGCAUUAAUCUCAGGAUCUAUUUAUUUCUUCCAAGCAGCACUGAAAUAUUGCUUUUUUUGGUGGCAGUAGGAGUAAAUAUAUGUGGCUCUGAUGUUUAACAGGUCCCUGACUGCAAUGUUCCAUACCUGCCCACAGAGAUCAUUUCUGACCAAAAAGUAAGGAGAGCAAUAAUUCAAAAGGUGAGACUGUCGUACCACUUCAGCACAAUCAUGACUUAUUUUGAGGCUUUAGGAAAGGAAUCUUUACGUUCCCUCUUGUGUUCCUGCUAUUCUGCCUCUUGUGUUCUACCCAAUGCUAAUGUUCAUACAAAAGCAGGCUGCUUAUAUGAAACUGGUCUUUAAGUCGUUCCAGCGCAGGAUUUCAUUGUUGUAUUUAAACGGUAUUUGGCUUUGACAAAGACAGUGUAUUUAGUAGGGGUGUAACGGUACGCCAUAUGCACGAUCGGUAUACCUCGGUUUUAUAGUCCUGAUUAAUUUUGGGUACAGUAAAGGGACAAGACUUGUGUAAACAAAUGUAAUGGUUUUUUGGUUUUUUUAUAAAACAGAAAAAACCCCUGCACAUUAUCCAUCCCUUUUCCAUACUGCGUAUCUCCAGUAGCGUUGCGAGUAAGUUGAAGCCUAUCCCAUCCAUCCAUCCAUUUUCUACCGCUUGUCCCCGCUGGAGCCUAUCUCAGCUGCAUUCGGACGGAAGGCGGGGUACGCCGUGGACAAUUCCCCACCUCAUCACACGCAGGCUAUCCCGAGAAAUAAUAAAUAAAUAAAUGUUGAGUACAGACGUGUCAAACACAUUAAAAUGAAAGGAUGUGAGAGCCACUUUCAUACGUUAAAGAAGCUGAAAGUAACCCACUGUAGGUCAAUAUAUGCUAAGCUAUCUAAACAAAACAACAUCUUAGGUUUGCAUUAUAUGGCACAAAGACAAUUAGAGUAAUAUCUAAUAAUACAUGUUAAUAAGGAACUUUAUUUAAUAUUACAGUAAUGGCCAACAAAAAAAUAUCCAUGAGCUAAACAUCGGACUGAUGGUUUACAGUGUUACUUUUUAGAAAAGUGCAACAAUGCAUAUGUUCAACAGUUUAAACAGUGUGAUUUAUUGUUUAAUUUUCAUUGGAAUUAUGUUCUUUAUUGGUUGAUGUAAUAAAAUAGUUCCAGCUACUGAACAAUGACGGCACACUACUUUCGUCUUAUCCACUCACCGGGAAAGCCAAGUGCUCCAAAAACAUUGAAGAGGGAAGAGAAGAGGGUUUUCAAGCCUUGGCUUCUCCUUGGCACUAUCCCUAGCCAAGGCUGUACUGCACGGUAUUUGUUUACAGAGUGGACGCCGGAUGCGGGGUAGACUUCUUGUCCCUCACUUAAACGCGUGAGAAAGUGGUAUGCCUCUUUACCAAACCGAUCGAGACUAGACGUAGCGUUACACCCCUACUACUUAACGUAUGCAACUUUGGGGCACAUUGAUUACUCAUUUUCUACCAGAAUCCGUCUUAUAUUUUGUCUUAACUAUAUGAGCAACAAUCAUGCUACAUACUGCUGAACUUAGCAAGCAAUAGCUUGUGUUUCGAUGCACACGGGACGUCAAAACACAGGCCUUUGGAAAGUUAGCCUGCUUGCAAAAACUCUUUAUUGUUUUUGCCUCUCUAAAGGAAGAUUUGUCCUCAUGUUAUUGAAUACUCAGGAAGAAUAUUGUUACCUCAUAAUGAUGAUGUGAGAAUGUAUGUUAAUACCGCUUGUAGAGAGCUCUUUGGAGCCAAAUUGGGAUUGUGUAAAGACAAAAACAUACUCUGAUCUCUUCAGGGAAUUGACAAGGCCUUUUACAUUAACAGUGAACACACAUGCAUGCACACAAAACUCCCGUCCAAAGGCAAAACCCAGUAACUCAAUUUUUGUAAUUUGUUCCGUAAGUAAGCUGCUUACUUACGGAACAAAUUACAAUAUCGCAAUCACUAAUGUAAAGCAUAUCACCUAGUAACUCCAAAAUUAUUAUCAGCUCAGUUGUGACCAAAAUUGAGUUACUGGGUUUUGCCUUUGGAUGGGAGAAACGCACACACAUAUAUGCACACACACGUACAGCUUUAUAGCUCUGGGAAAGUGGCGAUAUUUGUACCAAGGCCUGAAAUGUUGAAUGUAAUUGAGAUUUUUUUUUUUAAAGAAAAAGAACAAUACAUGCCAUAAUGUACAUGGAUGACAUUUUUAGAUAUAUGAAACAUAUUUUCUUCAUGUAUAGAUUCCCUUAUAGAUUUUGGUGGCGAUGAAUGAUAAUAUGUGUUUAGUGUGUGUAGUUAGCAGCAGGGCAAAGCACUCCUUGACGAACAACUGACAAAUUAAACGCUACAGUACAUUAGAUAUGUUUAUGAAAAGGUCUUAAUAAAGUUUGCUAUCAGAUGAUUGUUGAAUUGGCGUCACAAAGGAGGAUUGUGACUAUUUGCUUAUGGUCACUUUGUGAGUACAUUUAAGAGCGCGCCCUCAUUCAGUUGGAAAUUGAUUGAUUUGAUGUUUCAACUUUUUUUUAUUUGCAUUUGCGUUCACACUUGGUGUUGGCUAAAUGAUCACGUGGCUAUUUCUCUCACAUACUAAGUCUACACCAUAAGGACUUGGUUUGGGCUCCAUCCGUGACAUACUAUAAGAUAUAACUCAUGAUAUUCCAAAUAAAAAUUCUCCUUGCUGCUAUAUUCAGCUUAGAUUUCACAAAAAGCCUAAAAAUAAACACACAGAGGGGGAAAGCGAAACAGAGACAGUCCUUCCAACUGAUUUUCUCCGUGUCUUUGGUCCGUAUUGCGCUCACAUUUGAGUUCAGAGCAAUCAAACGGCACCAGAGUUGCUGAUAAAUGGGUGUUAGAUGUCUUGAAGGUUUAGGAUGGUGGCGGUCACAUAUUUGUCAUUGGACCGAGGGCUAUGAAUUGAAGAAUAUAUUCUUAGAGUCCGGAUUUGAUUGGACAUAAUUUGUGACAUAUAAUGUGGCGUAACACAAAAAAACUAAACACGGUCUGGUGGGUUGAAUACUUUGGGUAGUUCUAUAAAGUAGUGAUGGUUAAAAGACACCUCAGUGACUCACGGGCUGUAUUGACACUGCACUGAUUAUGUGAUGGUGUUUCAUAACGGCGGUAUUUGCUGCAUUAAAAAACUAAAUUUACCCGAAAAUCUAAUUGUUGGUAUUUGUAAAUAGUUUGUGCAGAAAGGAAUAUGAACCACGCAGCUCGGCUCAAUGACCAUUUGGUAAACAGGAAAAAAAAAACAUUAUCUCAAACACACAUCAAAUUUUUUUCCUUUUUUAGUUCCAUUUAGAUCAAGGGCUCAAUGGCAAUGGAAUUUGAUGUCAAACGCAGCACACCACUCUUCCGAUUACUCAUCUCGAGAGCUGAAAAAGGCACUUCAUGAUAAAGACCAGUUUAGUGCUUCAGUCAGAUGACACAGCAGCUGUAUCUGUAAUGUUUUUGUUUUUUUAAAGUGAUCAUACACAUGAACACAUUGAAGUAUCGAGAGAUCAAUCCAUCCCUAAUAUGUGGUCAGAUUUGACCUCACUAAAUUUCACAAAAAGCUUAUCAAAUAUAUCUUCAGGGGCGCCACACACACGGACAGAGAGAGCGGAGAAGAGACGCAGCCUUUCCAAUGCAUUUUCUUGUACAUAUUUGCUCUUAUUGCAUGCUUUUGAUGUCAUUUUAACACUGCUAUGUGUCUUUGGGCCUUGGAGUGUUCCAGUUUGAGCUCGAGUGAACCUAGCAAAGGCACCAGAACUCUUUUAAACCAAGCCAUACAUGCCAAGUGUGAACGCAGCUUGAAAGCGUGAUGCAAAACAAUGAGAAUAAGACUCGAUUUCGAACAUGUAUUUGAACCAACCUGGUUUUUAAAAGUAUUUAAGCGCUUAGCAACAAGAAUUGAAUGCUCUUCAAUGUUCUCCACCAGCUUUUGUUCUCAUUCAGCGAGUUUUGUCAAACCCAAAUUGGAUCGCAGUGUUUUUUCUUUUUUGUUGUUUGUUUGUCGUCAUAUCUCGUGCUUUUCCGUAACCAUUUCUACCUCAUUUUGAAGACAUGGAAGUAUUUAUUUCAUGUCGUUUCAUGUGCCAGUUCAGGAGCAGUAAUGUUUCUCCACUUUGACCCGUUACAGUCUACCUCAUGAAAACUGUUGUGUUGAUGAAAAUGAAGAUACUGUACCAAAAAAAGAGGAAAAAAAAAUUAUACUGAAUCGGAUUUUGUGUUAUUUUUGUCUAUCAAACCAAAAAUGUUUGAUGUUUGAGUGUUGUCGUUCACUAAACUGUAUGUUGACAACUA